ACUUAUAAACAUUCAUCCCCAACUGCACAUUCAAGCGAAAGGACUUUUGCACAGCAUAGCAAAUAAAAUGGCACCCAUCCAUUUCGGCUGCCUUGUUUUCAACUACCAAGCCAUUGACGUAAUCGGGCCUACCGAUCUUCUCAAUUCCGCUAGUAAAGGCCUUCUGGAAGCGAUCAGUUUUUACGGUCCCAUUGACGAGAGCACAAUUGCCCGCGCACCGCAAUUUGUUUUUCACCAUAUUGGCGUCACGCGAGACCCAGUACAUCUCCUCACUAGCUCUAUCACCAUUUUACCCACGGACACUGUCGAUGAUUGCCCCGAGCUAGACUGCCUCUUGAUUCCCGGGCCCGACCUAGGAGACUUCGAACUUCACCCUAAGUUUGUUGACUUCACUCGUCGUCAUGUCGCCGCCGGGAAAUUGCUGUUUACCAACUGUACCGGCGCAUCUGUCGCUGCAGCUACUGGUGUUCUUGAUGGCAGAAAAGCAACAGUCAACAAUGUUGAGUAUAUGUGGGUGAAGGACAAAUACCCAAAGGUGAAAUGGACGAGGGAUAAGAAGUGGAUCGUCGAUGGAAAUAUUUGGACCGCGAGUGGUGCCGUUGCAGGGAUGGACAUGUUCUCUCACUGGCUGAAAGAGAACUAUGGCUUGGAUGUACUCAUAGAGGGUGCUUUGGGUCUCGACUAUGAGCCUCGAGACAGUGAUGGAUUGUUCAAUGUAAUCCCGAAAAGAUACGACGCGAGCGGGAAGCAAAUCUCUACGCAUGUCUUCAAGUACCAUACCCAGUCUCUCGGUGGAUACUCCUAGACAGGAUAGCUG